CCACUGGAUAUUGGGUGCUUCUCCCCCUUGAAGACUGCAUAUGGACGACAGGUGGAGAAUCAGAUGCGGCUUGGGAUCAAUCAUAUUGACAAGGAGGAGUUUCUGGCCCUAUAUCCUGCAGCUCAGAUGCAGGCUCUGACUGAGAACAACAUCAAGAGCAGUUUCAGGGCAGCUGGGCUGGUUCCAUACAAUCCUGAGCAGGUUCUCUCGCGCCUUAAUACCACAAUGCAUACCCCCACCCCACCUGGGACCUCUCAUAGCUCUCAGGCCUCCUGGGCCACUGCUACACCACAUAAUAUACACCAGCUAGAGCAGCAGACUAAGAAAGUUAAAGGAUAUAUUAAGCACCCCCAAGAGGGAGCUUUGGGGGUGGAAGAAGGCUUGGAUCGCGUACGAAGCAUCAAUGAAUGGGAAAGAGGGGUGGUUGAGGCUGCUGAGUCCCAACCACGAAGACGUGCAGCACCACAGUGUAGUGACUUGAAGAGCAUUCUUGUUGUAUGGCAGGUGGGAAGUGGCUCGCUUGCUUAUGUGGCUCGCUCGCUUAUCGAUUAA